AUGAAAUUAUCAUUGCCAGCAGCUUUAGCAGUCCUUGCAAUCCUGCGAGAAGGUACGUCAGAGGUUAAAGUUAUUCAUCAAUAACUCCAUGAACGUUUUAUGUCGUACGAACUACUUUGAAGACAGUAAUAUUUACCAUUUCCUCCUCGGUAAAGGAAAAACUUUACAUCUACCUAUCUCUUAAUUAUAAAUAUUUACCCUUUUAAAAGAAAAUUCAAGAGGUUAUCUUUUUGUGGUUCGUGCAGCGUAAUAGGCUGGCUUGGAAAUAGCUAGGAUUCUGCUCAUUUCUAUCAAGGCUUUUCCCGGAAAUCAUCUGAAUCGCGUGAUUCUUAAUUGUUUCAUUUCACGAUUUCGAUUAUCUUUAGUUUGUGGAAAUAAGGAUGGAACUGAAUGCGAACAAAGGACAGAAGAUGGCAAAUGUUGUGUGUUUCCAUUCACAUUUAUGGGUGAAAAGAUGCAUUUUUGUAUCAGUGGGGGACCCUCCGAAGAUGACUGGUGUGCGACUACAGAUGACUUUGACCGGGACGGAGAAUGGGGUCGCUGUACGGGUAACUAACUUCACUUUUAACUAAGCAGGGAUGAAUGUGGAAAAGCAGCCAUGAUAGUAACACUGUGAGAAAUAUUGAUUAGAAAAGUUCCUAUUGGCGUCAAACCUCCUUUUCAUCGUAACAUGUGGAAAUGUAAUCAAGUUCCAAGUGGUAAUGUAAUCAAUUUGCUGUCGAGGUUCGCGUACCAUUAAAUUGCACAUAAUUUGAAAUGCUUUUUAUUUUCAAACGCUUUUUCAUACAAUGAACCUUCUCCUCUUCAGUGGAAUCGCUUUUUCAAGCUCUAGAAAAACCCCAGGAAUAUUACUUUUUUUAACUUUGUAAACACAUAUUCGCCAAAUGCUUUAAAACGCAAAUUAAAAAAGUUAUUGGUUAAGGACAGCUCCCGUUUAGAAACUUAAAGUUUGUAUUUUUUACCAUUUCUCCCCUGGGAGAUAGAGAGUGUUCAGCAACUAGGUAUCUUAACUUUACCUUCUCGAUCUGUUAUGAUGAUCAAAUGAUUCAUUUUUUUUUUUUUACAAAUAUAUAGGAGUAAAAUGUUACAUUUGCUCCAGUGAUGUCUCCUGGUCGGACUGUGAAAACCAGCAGCAAGCCCACAACUGUCCGUAUAUGCACGAUCAGUGUCUGACACUCAGCAAGGAGGCAGGAGUCACUAACACAAGCCUGCUCUUCCUAAAGAGAUGCACAUCUAACACUCAAUGUACAGCGUAUAAUCCAACUUGCGAUCGUCCCGAUGUUCUAAAGUGCGACUUCAGCUGCUGCAUGGGAGAUUUUUGUAACGCUGCCUCGCUGCCUUGUUCGGCGGUUGGUAGUUUUGUUCAUAUGGCUGCGUGGAUUUUUUACAUGUAUGGCUGA